CCCGUGCCCGUCACGGUGCCCCGCGGCGUGGCUGUGCGGUGCCAGCUCGGCCGUGCCCCGUCGCAGCUCUCCGUGGACCGGCUGAGCGCUGAGCAGGCUCUGGGCAUGAAGGAGCAGGAGUGGGCCGGCCCCGAGGCGCUGUGCCCGGGCUGGCAGGACGAGGAGGUGUCCGACGGCGAGGGUCCCGAGGAUGGUGGGGACCCCGACCCCACGGCCCACGCCUACGAGGUGCUGCAGCACGCCCUGCGCCAGGAGGGGAUGCCCCUCACCGUAGACCGCAGCAGCCAGCCACGCACUGGAUUUGGCCCGCUGGAUAUGACCGUGUGCGUACUGGGCUCCCCCACCGCCUUCCUGCCCGUCUUGCUGGAGGGUGGCACCCGCUGCCCAGGUGCCAUGGUGCUGUGCCUGGCACCCGCCUGGGCCAGCCGCGUGCCCUCGGAGACGUCACCGGGCGCGUGGUCCCUGCUGCUCUCCAGGGGGGUCUCCUUCGAGGCAGGGGGCUGCAGCGCCCUGGAGGAAUUUGUGCCUCCCCGGCGUGCUACCUACGUCACCGGCACCUUUGGGUCCGAGGGCAGCUGGGAGGGUGAGCUGGCCCGUGACCUUGACUGCCCCACCGGGGGCUCAGCGCCGCUGGCACACUGGUUGGAGGACCCCCUGCUCUCUCGCUGGUCGCUCUCCGCCCGCGCUGGCCUGCCCGUGCCCCCCACCCUGGCCUUCGUCACGGGGCUGUGGGAGACCCUGCCCGAGGAGCCCACACCCCCCGGGGUGCGCCUGGUGCGGCUGCAGGACCCCCAGGGCCAGGAGAGCCUGGUGCGGGAUGAGGUGGGCUCCUUCCUGGGGGGCAGCACCAUGCAGCCCUAUGAGCAGCACGCGGCCCAGCUGUGGCACGACCUGCGGGCCGACGCCGACCACCCGGGCAUCGGGCUGGGCUGGGGCAACGCCAUGCUGCUGAUGGAGUACGUGCCGGGCACCGAACAUGACGUCGACCUGGUGCUGUUCGAGGGCCGGCUGCUGGGCGCCUGGGUGUCGGACAACGGCCCCACGCGCCUGCCCACCUUCCUGGAGACGGCGGCCGUGCUGCCCUCCUGCCUGCCCGCCGACCGGCAGGCCCAGCUGGUGCGGGCGGCCCUGCGCUGCUGCCGGGCUUGCGGCCUGCGCCACGGCGUCUUCAACGUGGAGCUGAAGCUGGGCCCCGCCGGGCCGCGCCUACUGGAGAUCAACCCUCGCAUGGGCGGCUUCUACCUGCGGGACUGGAUCCGCGCCGUCUACGGCCCCGACCUGCUGCUGGCCGCCGUGCUGCUGGCGCUGGGCCUGCCCCCCGUGCUGCCCGCCCGGCCCGCGCCCCGCCGGCACCUGGCGGGGGUCAUGUGCCUGGCGUCGGAGCACGGCCGGGCCCUGCGCGGCGGCGUCAUGGCGGCCCUGCAGGGCCUGCAGCGGCGCGGCCUGGUGCGCCUCAACCCGCUCUUCGAGGAGGCGGGCGGGCGUUACGAGGAGCCCUGCCUUAGCGUGGCCUGCGCCGGAGACAGCCCCGCCGAGGCCUGCGGGCGGCUGCUGGGGCUGUGCCAGGCGCUGGGCAUCGAUUCGCCCCAGUACCCCGUCGGCCAUUUCCUCUCCCAUUUCAAAUAGCCAUGGCGGGGGGUGGGGAUGCGGGGCCAGGGCCAGGCUUCGCAUCCCCCAGAUCCUCCCCCGGAAUCCCACACCCCAACCCCCGCCCUCUUGGGGUUGGGGUGUGGGUGAUGGGCCUGUAGUAACCAGGCGGCCCCACAGCACCCGGUGCGGCCCUCAGCAGCGGUGCAGGGGGGGGCCCGCAACAAUGGGAAGACCCUACGGUAACGGAACAGCCCAUAAUAACAGGCAAACGUGAGGAGCCCCUACAGUAACAGCUGAGUGCGGGGAGAUCCCAUCAUCAGGGGCAAACAGUGCAGUAAGAAAACAGCACGAGGAGACCACACAAUGAGAAAAGACCAUCGUGAGACCCCACAAAUAGCAGGGAAUUACUGGGAGACCCUACCAUAAGAGCUUUGUGAGGGGAGAUCCCACAACGACAGAACAGCGCGGGGAGACCCCGCAGUAACAGAGGGACGACAGAGAUACCCUGCAGAAAGUGAGUGCCACGGGAGACCCUGCAGUAACAGGGCAGUGCGGGAAGCGGCCGCAGGGAGAACUGUGCGUGGGGAGAUCCUGUGAGGACGUACCAUUGCCGAGGAGACCCUACAAUAACAAAACACGACAAAAACAAAGCGGUGUGGGGAUGUGAGAGCGUGGCGUGUCGCGGCCGCUGCCGCCAUCCGCCUUCACCACCGGCCGCAGGAAAGCAAGUGAUCUGGCAGCAAGCGACCCUACAAUAACAGCAGCGACCCCACAAUAACACACAGCCCACGUGGCACCCGAAACCCUAUAACAGCAGUGACCCUACUGCAGCAGCCUGUGUAGUGCCUGGGGCGAUAGACCGCGCAGUGCCUGAGUGACCCUGCCGUAAUAGAAGCAACCCUGCAGCAAUGCACAGCCCACGUAGUGCCCGAGACCCCGCAAUAACAGCACAGACCCCACAAUAAUGCACAGCCCACGUAGUGCUUCAGACCUUGCAAUAACAGCACAAAAGGCCGUAAUAACACGCAGCCCAUGUAGUGCUUGAGACCCCAGGAUAGCAGCAGUGACCCCACAAUAACACAGGAGUGCAGUGAGCAGCCCGAGGCCCGGCUGGGGGUCUCUUCUAGGGGUCGUCUCCAGUCCAACCCCCCGGCACCCCAUGACCCGUGGAAGAGGCACGACCCCAACCCAGGCCUGGGGGAGCACCCCCAGGGCCGUGCGCACCAAUAAAGGCUGCGGAGCACCAAG